AUGUCGAGUGGAUUGGACGCACAGAAGCUGGAGCUUGUCUUCAAGUCGAGACCCGACAUUCUUCAGGGUAUCGAGAAAGAAGCCAACUCGGCACCGCGCAUCAAGCUCUUCAACAACAUCGUCAACUUCGUCUACGAACAAAUCGGCAACCCAUCCUCGUCAGAACCCUCCCUCAAACGUCGUCGGGUCGACAUAGAACCCAGCCAAAAUGGGAAAACCACCUCCAAUGGGUCCAUAGCAGCGGCGUCUAUUGCAGAUGUUGCGGAGGAGAGCAUCCUGCUAGAAAUCAAGGGCAUUUCUGUCUCGGUGCCGCAGCGCAAGAAGUUCGACCUGUGCCUCACUGCACAACACCUCUACGCCCGAGUCCCCAACACAACAACGCCGGUGCAAGGCGCCAUCUACGCCUGGAAGGACAUCGAGUAUGCCUUCUGCGUCCCCGUGCCCGAAAAAGCCCAGCUGCAAUACAACUACAUCCUCUUCCCCCGCGGCUCCUGCCUCUCCUCGCUCUCGAAAGCCGCCACAGCGGGCGACGCCGAACCCCUCGUCUUCACCGUCUCCGCGGGCGCGCCGGCACCUAGCUCGAUCGGCGGACCGAAUGCGGGCGCUGCAUCAUCCGUGGCGGACACAUACCGGGGUUUGAUGGACUGGGCGAUUGGCAAGUGUCUGGAGGCGUCGUCGAACACGGUGAAACUGGUGGCGGCGGAUCCGGCCAAGUUCCACAGUAUGGUAAAGCAGCCGCACCGGCCCAACGAGAAGGCGGUGCAUGUGAAGGCGUUCCGGGGCGCCAAGGACGGCUACUUGUUCUUCUUGGAGAACGGCAUCUUGUGGGGCUUCAAGAAGCCGCUCAUGUUCCUCCCGAUGCACCGCAUGGCCGCAGUGAGCUACACGAGCGUGCUGCAACGGACCUUCAACAUGGUGGUUGAGGUGUUCACCAGCGAGGACGGUGAUGCUGAGGCUACGGAAGAGGUCGAGUUCGCUAUGCUGGAUCAGGAAGACUACGGCGGAAUCAACGAGAAGUACGUUGUGCCGAAGGGUCUCCAGGACAGAAGCAUGGCAGAUCAACGCAAGGCGAAGCAGGAGUUGGCUGAGAAUGCCAAGGGUGGGAAGAAGGGGACUGAGGGCGCUGAUGGGGCGAAUGAUGCGGUAGGAGACGAUGGUCUGACGGAGCUACAGAGAGCUGAGCAGCAAUUACAGGACGAAGAGGAUGAGGAAGAAGAGGACUAUGACCCUGGGAGCGACGAUGAUUCUGAAGGGUCCGGUGAGAGCUCUGAUGACGAUGAGGACGACGAAGAUGGUGAAGGCGGCGAGGAUUCUGACGAUGCCGAGGAUGACGAUGAAUAG